GUUAGCAGGGGUUGUGACAUUAAUGGUCCAAAAAGGUUUAAGCACCGGGAGGGAACGAUGACAGCACUUAACCGGUGGCAGUUCGGAGGAUUCCGCUGGAUCUCUGUUAAUAAUUAGGCUUCGCCUCGGAGGAAGAUGUGACAGCUGUCGGAGGUCCUUCCAUCGUCCCGCUGCAGCGAGCAGAGCCAACACUGGGCAACCCUCUAAAAUGUUUAUUUGGACCAGUGGCCGGGGAUCUACAUCUUACAGACAUGAUGAGAAAAGAAAUAUUUACCAAAAAAUCAGGGAUCACGACCUACUGGACAAAAGGAAAACAGUCACAGCCCUGAAAGCUGGAGAAGACCGGGCCAUACUCCUCGGGCUGGCCAUGAUGGUGUGCUCUAUCAUGAUGUACUUCCUGCUGGGAAUCACGCUGCUACGCUCCUACAUGCAAAGUGUCUGGACAGAAGAGACUCAGUGCUCGCUCCUCAAUGCAUCCAUCACAGAAACCUUUAACUGCUCGUUUAACUGCGGCCCAGAGUGCUGGAAAAUCUCUCAGUACCCCUGCCUGCAGGUGUAUGUUAAUCUCACCUCUUCUGGCCAGAAGCUUCUACUUUACCACACCGAGGAAACAAUGAAAAUUAAUUCUGAGUGUUCGUACAUCCCCAAGUGCGGGAAGAAUUAUGAAGAAUCCAUGUCCCUGGUGAACGUGGUGAUGGAAAACUUCAGGAAGUACCAACGCUUCUCCUGCUUCUAUGACCCCGAGGGCGUUCAGAAGAAUGUGAUCUUAACCAAACUGUACAGCUCCAACGUGCUGUUCCACUCCCUGUUCUGGCCCACCUGCAUGAUGAUCGGUGGGGUCGCCAUCGUCGCCAUGGUAAAGCUGACUCAAUACCUUUCCCUGCUCUGCGAGAGAAUCCAAAGGAUCAGCAGAUAGGAAAGGAGACUUCUCUGAGAUU